AUGGGAACGCUUGAAGUCAUUCCUGAAGGUAAAGUUGCAUGGUUCACUCUAUAAAGCACGUUUCGUUUUUCACACCGCACUCAGUAAUUAAAUUUUAACGACAACGAACAUACUUAGCAGCAAAUAGGCUUUAUAUUAAAUUCAGGCAAUAAAGUUUCCGGCCUACACGAUGAAUCAAGAAUAUAUAAGCAAAAAAAUUUAAGACCGGCCAUGUCUUUAACUAAUCAUCAAUCAACGCAAAGAGGACGAUUGCUCAGUAAAGUUUCGUGAUGCAUGAUCAGUCAGAUCAGUAAAAAGUAGAUUGAGUGAAAAAACUGAGUAACGAUAGAACAAGGGUCUUUUUCCAAAAGCUUUAAAGAGCCUAAAACUUAUACACUUCAAAGUCGGUAUAUUGCUGAGUAUUAAAUCUGAUGAUAGCUCUUGUUGUCAAAGUGAGAGUUGGUAGCGACCAAAUCGAGACCAAAAGUGCACAGCUGAGUGCAGGCAACAUUCAGCUAGAGUGUCAGUAAGAACCGUUAAACAACAAGCAAAUGGGACAGCCGCACUGAUCGGUGUCCACAUCAUAGUGCUUGUCAUGUUGUAUUCAUGUUGUAUUCAUCAUAGUAGGGGGAGGGAAGCCGGUUUUUGCGACCAACGACUGACCACAAGUGGGUAAUGAACUGUCUGUUCUUGCCGUUCAAAUCUUCAAAAAGUUCUACAAAACUGACACGCGUUUAAUACUUAUUAUUGGCAACACUCGGAUGUAGAUCAAGCGUCUUGGUCCGGUCUUGAUUCAGCGUAUAGCCGACUCUUCUCCCGCCUCAACUGCUUGGAAAAAUUUAGCGUCAUAAAAAAGGGAGCUUCAUUUUUUCCUACUAGACAUGAACCAUUAUUGAUUUUUUCUAUUGAUCGACAAAAAUUGCAAAACGAGUGAAACACUGUAAAGAAAUUCAAGUGCAAAGAGUUCAUGACAGCGACUGACACAGCUACAAAAAUGAGUAUGUCUCGUCCCUAAAUUUAAAUCAAAAUGAAAGACAUGAUAUAAUGUCACCGUUAUUCAAAAAGCAGUGACUUUGGCCAAUAAAAUGAAACUAUUGAUAAUGGUGACUUAAAGCACGUUAUAUUGGCUCCAAAGAAAACUGAUUUAUAAAUUCAUUAAAACAACUUGUUUCAUUUUAAUAUUUUAAAUGUAAGCCGGUUAUGCUCGGUUACUAAUCACGAAUGUCAGUUUUGAUGGAUCAACGAAGAUGUCAUGGGGCUACAAGAGGUUUUCACAGCUUUUGUAUUUUUAAAACCAGAGACCCACUAGAUGUGACAUUGCCCUGAAAAUUAAAGCGCGCAGUUUUAUUUUUUUACAUGCGAGUACAAGGAUCGAUAUUUUCGUGAAUCGCUAUGGAGGGACAAACUGAAAGCGCCGAUCAUGACAUGUCAGCUUAGAGGCUCACGUAAAUCGGCCUCUCUUUGAGGAUUUAUCAAGCUCGGGAUUCGGGAUCUGAAAGCAAAAUCUGGGCGAGAUUGGGGAUUGAAAGUUAGCCUGCGUAGCUGGCGGUAUUGUGUGGGUGCGAGAUUAAAGUUUUGGCGGCGGAGCCGUGUUCCAAAAAAAGGGAGUAGGGACGAGGCGGUUGAAAUACCGCCUGCCAGAAAACCCCGGUAUUUUGAAUACCUCCGCACACCAGUGUGCGGGGAAACGGAUUGGUCGAGGGCCAUACAUAUGUCAAUCAUGUUAGAUGAGCCUUCGCGUAUAUUUCCCAAUUUAGGGAGCAGAUGGCAAACUGGAAAAGACGUACAUGUAAAGUGAUUGUGUUUUCCGCUUUAAAAAGAGCAUAAUUGAUGACCAAAUUGCCAAAAUUGCGUCUUUAAACUUCACAGUAUUUCUCGCGGCUUCGCCGCUCGUGACGGCUCCGCCGUCAAAUCUCACUCGACUAUAUUACAACGGCUCCGCCGCCAAAUCUCACUCGACUACUACACAAUACCGCCAGCUACGCAGGCUAAUUGAAAGUAUGCGCUGGAGGCGGGAUGCCAAAAAUAACCCUCGGGGUUACGGGAUUGCACGAAAUUUUGGGUCGGGAUUACGGGAGUGAACAACACUAUUGGGGAUCCUCGUCUUUUUUUCGGAGAACUAGAGGUCACUUUUCUGUCGCAACGUAGACUUGCCUCCCAAGCAAACGUUCUUUUGACUCGAGCCCUCGUGACGAUCCCAUACUUCGUCUGCGUAGGGAGGCUACAAUGCCUGCUAUCGAAACAGUCAUAUUUCGUAUAUCUGAAAAAUUUAGGCACAGAAAAACUUGUAUGGCUCCAGGCUAAGACCCUCUACCUAGCGCUCGACACGUCCUCUCGUUUCCUUUUGUGGAUCUGCGAUACAUUGAUCAAGAGAUCCAGUUACACGUAACUUUAUACCUGGCCGGAAAUGCCAUAUCAUCAGCAUGCGUUGCUAGGUUACCAAGCAGAUAACAGUUGCUCUUUGAACAAAAGAGCAGCUGAUGAAAACUUUACGUUGUAUUGAUCAAUAAUAGCUUAAUCCAAAAUAAUGUGUGUUGAUUACCACUUCUUUAAACUACUCUAGAGAUCUUCUCAAAACCAAGAAUGCGUCAGCCAGAACGAGGUUCCAGCCUUUACCAGCUGAGCAUUAGCAGAGCCCCGAAACUUCGGUGUGUCAACAGUCCGGUGAAAUCUUGUGGAAUCUGCGAGGAUUGUUGUCUAGGCGCGAAAUUGAAGCAUACAAAGGAAUGGUUUUGCCGUUGCGGGGAACCAGUUAAGAGGAGAUACAUCCUUGGUCUUGUUGAACGAUUUGAUUCCCUGGAUCUGCUUGAAUAUGUGACUUCUUUGCUGCAAUCUUUUCAAUAUAAAGACUUCACCUACAUGCGAUCACGGAGCAAGCCGAGUUUGAUCAUUGACACCUCGAGUCCACCAACCAACCACGCUUUAAAUGAAAAUGAAUUAUUGGAAACGAUAGACAGUUAUUUGGAAUGGUUUUCAGUCAGCACUUAUUGGACGAAAGCGAAUUAUUUACUGGGCUUAAUGCAGUUGUGUGAUACACAUAUUCUACAUAUCAUGGCAGUAAAGGCAAGAGCCUUGUGUGAAAGAGAACAUAGGAGACAAAGAGCUCUUGAAGAUGGUUUAAUAGACCGAGGUUUGUUCAUUGUCCUUGUAUAUAAAACGUGCGGCUUGUCAGUGUUAAAUGUUCUUCAGUGUUAUCGUUAUUAAAAUAAUUUUUUAUGGAUAUGAAUUUUCAAACUUCACAAAAAUGGGAGCCCAAAAACGGAUUUUUUAUAUGAAUUUGUUAAUUAAAAUCCAUCUUGGAGAAGGAUUUUUGGUAAGUCAAUAUGUAGCUUAGCCUGUGCCACAGACGGAACUAAACUUCUGGUUAGUCCGUCUGCAAAACAAUGCUGAAAUCCUUGUUCAUGGUCCCCAGCAUUGCACCAGGGUUUGAGUGUGUACCAUGAAUAGCCUGUGUUAAACUCAUCGCUAAUGAUGAGCUUGGGAGCAGGUGCCUUAAAGGUUAGUGGGGGGCCAAGUGCAAUAAGCAGAGAGGAGGUAUCCAUGGCAACCCUGGAAGCGGGAACCACCCCAAGAGCAGCCACUAACCGGCACCGUCACACUGAAUAAAUUCAGUGGAGAUACUCACCUAAGAGAAUACUUACCUGAGAAAAUACUUACCAAACCACCAGGCAGGGAGGGAGGAGAGGGAGCAAGAAUCUGCAAUGAUUCGCAAGAAGGCAAACAUUGAUCCGCUACGAUCAGCAAGAAUCCGCAAUGAUUCGCAAGAAGGCUAAAAAUGAUCCGCUACGAUCAGCAAGCAAAGCUAUAAUGCAAAGCAACACUAGCAAAAGGGCACACAAGGAACCCUGCAAUUCCCCGCGGGCCGCCCCGUAGGUCACAUACUGAAGUGGGAGAAGACCGCUGGCCAACUCACUCGAGUUUAACUUUGCCUAAAUGAUAUUUAGCCACAUAAAAAUGUCAUCGUCGAUUUGCCAGUCAGUUUGAAGGGAGAUUCAAAACACAUUUUUGGUAAUUCAUUGAGUCCACUGGGGCCCCAGAGCAAGGAUAUCUGGGUUGCUUUGCAGAGAUUACUAACCGGGGCUAGAUUAUGUCUGCAAUAAAGGCCAUAUAUAGCUGGGCUUUUGGGCCAGGUGUAAUUUUUGUCAGAGAGUAGUCCUUUAGUCUUCUGAAAAUGAGGUUGUGCCAAUCCUAAAUUUUACUUAAAUAUUUAAGACUCUCAUAAGCCUCAACACCAGCUGUCCUACAAAAAUAUGCCGUCUUUAGUUUUUGACAUAGUGCGCUAUUACAAGACCCUUUUAGUGGGGGGGGGAGGGUUUGUAUGUCAGUUGUCUGAAUUUCAAAUACUGCUGUUUCACAUUUUGAGGAGUAGGCAUGGCCCUGUCAGUAUUAAUUAACCCAUUUUCAUGUUGUUUGUCGCCAUUUCAUCUAGUCUUCUGUCGCUAUUUGAAGGCCAUAUUGCUUAGUGGAAUUGUACUUUAGCAGGGCCUCUAUUAUUAAAUAGCAGUUUGAACUAUCACUAAAAAUAGGUUUUGCCACAUUAGACCCCCUGCUUGACUCAGACAAACUUUGCAUUCUACUCAAAGGCUUUGUAUGAGCAACAUGCAUUUCCGAGAAGAAAAUGUUCAUACAAUUUGCAAUGAACAGUUUUGAAAUGUUUAUUGAGAUUCAUUCUGUUCAUUCUAAUAUACUACUAUAGGGAACAAAACCUGGAGAACAUGACUUCCCAUACAAAACUCUUAUAGGGAUCAUGUUCAUUGUCUGAGUUACAGCAGGGGCCAGAAAUCUGUGACGUCAUUAGUGUAAAGCACUAUUGGAAUACAUUUUAUUGGGUAGCCUCCCAAGCAGACCUUUUGAGGCCUUCGUCAUGUAUCUCUCCCUAGUUUGAAGUGUUGGAGAAAAGUAAAACUAAGUGGUUUUCUCUUCUCUGCAGAUGAAGACGAGUACAUGUCUCUAUAUAGUCAUGUAACUGGAAGUACAACUCAUUCGGCUGUAGAGGCAGAAAGCAACAGAUCUUUAACAAUUUCCAAGUCACUACCAAGCCAUUCUGCUACUUCAGGCAUUCAUGAAACUGACACACCUGAUAUUCAUUCAAUAUUCAGUGAUGACCUUGAACUAAAUCAGUGCAAAUCUCCAGCAGUAUCAAGCGCUAAAACUCGGUCUCACAUGGGAACACUUUCUGCAGAUGUACAAUCUGAUGUAAGAUCUCAUGCUUCAGCAGGUUUUUUUGGCAGUCCUUUGUCUCAUUGUCAAUCAAGGUCCAUCCCACCUUCCAGACAGUCACUAAGAAAGAACCCAGAUGAGAUGACUGAUUUUGAAAGGGAAUUCUUUAGCGAAGACUACAUGUCUGGUGAUGAGGGAGAUGAAGAGAAUUUCAUGAAUAAUUCUUUGACUCCAUCGGGACCAGAAAAUGAGCCAGAAUGCGGCUUUGGUUCAGAAAAAUACAAAGACUUUUUAAGAUGUCUGCCUGUUCAUCUGUCCAAGAGAAUUUUAGGGAUGUUAGACAAGAAUAGUUUAACAAACUGUUUAUGCCUGAGUAAACACUGGAGAGUUCUUGCCGAAGAAGUUAAACAGGACUAUAUGGUUCACCAAAUCAUGACUGAAGAAAUCAUGCUCAUGCAAGUUAGUUUUUGCAUUAAAAGAAUGUCCUUCUCUAUAAAAUGUACUCCUAUUUAUAUGGACGGUUUAUUGGUUUGAACUCCCAUCCCCCAACCUUCUUUCAGUUUUGUUAUAUAUUCAUAGUUUUGAGGAUUUUUGUCUUUUAAACCCCACUCUCUCACAGAAUCUUUCAUAACUCCAUAGAGUGGGUCGGUAUGGAUAUUUUCUAGGGUCACAACUAUUACACCAAAUUUUCUUUGUCAAUUUUGUGGGUCAAAAUUAAAUUUAGGUUAAACGUUUUUACCCAGGUUGAUAAUCAAUUUUCCUUAGUCUUCUAGCCCUAAUUCAUGAAUAUUAUGAGGGUUAGGAGACAGAGGAAAUUUUAACCUGAAUUUAAUUUUGACCUGUAGAUACACCUGUAGUUUCAAUAGCCUGGCUUACAGAUAUCCACUUGUCCUUUACAGCAAAAACUAUGCUAAGAUUUGCAUUAUUGAUUCCACAUCAAACAUAACGUGAUUGAGUGUUUUUACUUAUUUGUUUGUUUCUCUUCUUAAAGAAGAACUCUGUGAGUGUUUUGACUUUAUCAGUGAACAUAAAUUAAAAUGAAAUCUUCAGAAAUUGCAUUGAAGCAAAGUAAUAAAUGUACCUCAAUCUUUUUCUCUACAUGCAAGCCUAGGCAGUUUAGGGUGUUGGCUGGAGCUACCAAAUUUGAUUCUGUCCAUGCAGUGUCAAUGACUUUUGCUUUGCCAGAGACAUUCUUUUCUGCACGGUUUGUGUCCAAGUAAAAUAAGGCUGGUGAUUGCUGUGAGGAACUUACACAUCUCAAUUUAUAACCUGUACUCUAGUGACCAGACCUUGUUUAGAUAAUAUUUUUUUAAAACAUGGUGUUUUUUUUAAAUUUAUUAUUGUUUAUUAAGGGAGCAUCUGCCAAAGGUAUGAACCCAAGAUAUGCUAAAUUUGUGCCUGUUCAUAUACCACUGGAUCUUGAUGAGGAUACAAAAGAACAUUUGAACCUUGGAGGUAAACAUCACAAAGAGUCAAGUCAUAACCUUAAAGAAUGCUAUGAAGGAAUUGCUACGAAAGUAGUUCAACUAGAGGAAAGGAACAUUUACUGUGGGGCUUACAAUGUACUGGUUCUUCAGGACAUGUGAGUAUAGUGUGUAAGAUUAAAAUUUAUUUUAUGGUAUAAAAUAGUAAAACUGUGAAAGGUUUGAACCCAGGAGUCAUUUCAUAAGUAGGUUGAGUAUGGUCAUUCUGGUGAACGUAGUCUUGAAUAGGACUGUUGUUGACUUGAAUCACUGUCAGCAACAACAGUCCUACUCAGGAUCCUACUCAGGACUACGCUCACCCGGACGAUGAUACUCAACCACAUAUAAAAUAGUGUAAUGUAAACCGAUUUUUUUGUACUGUGCUUCUCCCAAAAUUUAGUUGAAUCGUACUCGUAAACUGGUUCGCAGCGAGUGUUUCAAAAAUAAGCUGAUAACUUUUGUCAUCCUUCCUUGAAGGUUUUUAUCCAUUUUGAUAAAUCUGCCACUAUGAAAUAUCAGUUCAAUAUCAAAAGCAACUUGCUUGUACUUGUCGGCUUGAGAAACUCAUAACUUUCGAACUUUGAACUUUCAUUUAAAAUUCAUCCUUUCGUUCUCAAGUUCAUGAUUUGAUUGACAACUGCGUAAAUAAAUUGCUAAGUUUGUGGUGAACUGCGGGAAUUUCAAAUGAACUUCGGAAACCGUUUGUCAAAAGUUUUGUGAAGCACACUGUAAAACAGAUUGUCUGCAACCACAUGAUUGUUUCAGAUAGUAUUGUUCCUAUCAGGUUUACGUACUCAGCUGUUUGUGAAGCUUUAGUUUAUGUAUUGCAACUAUGAUUGCAGGGAGGACCCAAACCGAUGUACAAACUUUAAUGGAGGAAGACUGGUUGUGUCUGGAUCAUAUGACAGGCGAGUGCGAUUAAUAGAUGCUUCGACUGGCAAGUGCGAGAGGACCAUUCAAGGCCAUGCAGGAUCUAUCCGCUGUGUUUAUGUCUCAGAAGAAAGGGGCAUUGUACUCAGUGGGGGAUAUGACACUUCAAUAAGGUGAUAAUCAAGUUAGAUUAUGUGAAAACAAUAGAGAGCUUUAGAUUCUGAGAUGAGGACAACUAUGAGUACGAGAUUUUGCGCGUGUGCAAACCAAUGUCAUUUUGGCAGGAAAACGCGAUAGCUGUCAUCAAAUGUAAGAAGUUCUAUCAUUUUGCUAUCAGGAGAGGGCUUAACCUCCUUCAGUAUAAAUAACCACAUUAACUUUUUUGGUAGAAAUUUGAGUAAAUUGAAGCUUUUUGGGGUGUCUUUUUUUUUUGAGAAUGUGUGCAAAAACUUUAAGUUAAAUCUCGUACUUGUACCCAUUCUCGUCCUCAAAUCUAAAGCUAUCUAACAUCACAACUCAACUCAGUGAUGGUAAAGAAAAUAGUGAAUGCUUUGUUUAUAGUGGAAGUGUUUUUUUGCUCUUCUAGCUGCUGCCACUAUGUAAGCUCAGAUAAUUUGAAACAAGUAAUGUACUUAGAAACUAAUUAUGAGGAUUAAGCACCCCAACUGGCAGGGGUUCACUGUGAUGUUGGAAUAAUGACACGGAGUGUUUAAUUUUCUUUUCCAUCAUUCCCUCUUUGCCUUCAUACUUAAACAAAUUCAAAUGUCUUUGACCAACAAAAUUCAUGAAAAAAAUGUUUCAGAUGUCUCACUCAAAGCAAUGUUAGCUUAGCAGAGGGUUCAGUGGGCAGUUUCCCAGAACCCUAAAUUGAUCCAAUGUUUCUAGCUAUCUUUACUGAGGACAUUUUGCUUUUUCACUAGGUGCUGGGAUAUAGGAAGAGGCAAUUGUAAAUGCAUAUUUAGAGGGUAUGUCAGAUUUCACCUGUUUAUAAGUUGUUUUUCAGUUUAUAGUUUACUGUUCAUGUCAUCUUGAUGAUAUUGGCCUAAAUUGUUAAUAAUAAUUAUUAUUUUUAAUAUGUCACUAAUUAUUAGUGACAUAUUAAAAAUUGCACCAAUUUGACCAUUAAAUCUCUAUUAAAUUUUUUAUACAUUUUUCCCAAGGUGAACGGGCCAAAUUUUUGAGAGUGUGAUAAAUAUCGUGGGUGGAAGUCUUGAGUUUCACUAAUAUCUCAAGUUUUAAAAUUUUCUGUUUCGUAUUUUUAGACACCGAGCCACAGUGCUUUGCAUUGCAUUGCAUGGAAACCACUUAGCAUCUGGAGCUAGGGACAAGAGUGUUAAAGGUAAGAUUCGAAUUUAGUUGUUUUUCAGUGAGAAAAUAGAAGAUAACCAGACUGUAAAUCUUUGCUAUUCAACUCCCUGGUUGUUCUUCUUAACUUGUAUUUCUUUAAGCCGGUAGUGGAGCUUUAAGUUAAGAACGAUAAGAUGGCGACUCUUCGUUGUCGGCUACCAGUUGUUUGCAGUUGUAUCCAACCUUUUAUCUUGUCUCUUUACUCACUCCAUUUCUUAUCAGAAUUUAUCUUUCGCAGAAUUGCCAGAAACCUAUAACCUCUCGAGUCUUGCAGCGGAAAUGUCAAAAAGCGAAUGAAGCGUUCUUCUUAGGCCGCAAAGCAGCGGAGCGAGUGAGAUUUCAUGAGAGGUCUAGCGACCCAUAUUAAAUACGGAAAAGGACUUUACCGAAAGUCUUUAUCAUCCAAUGAAGAUAUUUAUAAAUCCAUGAUUUGUGCACACAUCAGUCACGUGUUGCUGUUUUUCUUGGUGUUUUGUCAACCACACCCAACUCAUGAGUCACAACUCUGCGGGUGUUUUGACAUCAACGCAAUUUAUUUAUUUAUUUUUUGGAGGGACUUUCUUGUCCACUUAACUUUGACUUUCGAAAAUGUCUUUUUUUAGUGUGGAACUUUGCUACUGGCAAGUGCAGGCGGACGUUUCGUCAUCGACACGUGGUACAAACAGUUGAUGUAAGCUAUUGAACUAUACUUUUUUCAGUUUAAAAGGGUACUUUUUGUUUUAACUACAAUCACAAUGGAUUUUUUUAUAUUUACUUUCGUCCAUAAAAUAACAUUCGGGGAAACACCUCCAACACACUGGUUCAAGUACUUUUCUUUGCUUUUUCAGGUCUCUGAUACGCUUGUUGUCAGUGGAUGUGAAGGUGGAAAAGUGAAAGUUUGGGAUAUCGAACGGGCAUGUCUACUCAAGGUACGGACUUUUGUUUUUUAAACAUUCUCCGGUUCAUCGUCCUUCAUUCAUCUGGGGCUUCAUGCGAGUAGAUCCCCUUCUAUUUCUCCUUUUAAGCACCACGGUAGGCACCCAGGUUAACGGAACACGUAGCCACGCAGUGUAACGGAUGCCCACAGUUGGUCUGAGGGACUAUCUUUAGGUGGCCUGUGCGCAAGGACGCCGAGCCCGUGCGCAUCCUCCCUCGCGCAUCCUUUCCUUUUCUUUUUUCGCAUUGCAGACUGAGCACCGAACAUGUGAAUAAACUGGGAAACAGUGUUGCGAACGUAAACUUUGCGACGUGGAAGAAAAAUGUUUUGCCCUGAUUCAAAAUAGUUUUUGAACGUCGGGGGUUAAAAGUUGCUUUUUUCCUCUGUCUUUCUUUGCUAAACUGCAAUGCUUCCCUUGUACAUUCAGCUUUGAAAGAGUUCUUUUAGUCUAGAUGCCCGUCAGUGUCUUGCUCAUCACAUCAGUAUUGUACUUGCUGUCAUUGGCGAGAUGUAUUAGUUUCCUCUUGAUUUUGUUUUAUUAUCACACUCUCGUACCCAAAUCUCUUGUUAACGAAACCGAGAGAUCUGGGAACGAGAUUAUUGCUAUCAAAACCACUGAACGUGCUGUUCACUACUAUGCAAUUGUCUGUUGUUUUCAGUCCCUUGACGGUCAUCAUGGUGCAAUCACGUGUGUGAAGUUUGACGACUAUCACAUCAUAACUGGCAGUCUAGACUGUUACGCUAUGGCGUGGAGCGCCAUUGGAAAUCACAAGAAAUGCCUACAGGCAUUUAGACACCCCAAGUAUGUCAUACUGACGUUUUCUGUUCUUACAAGCAUACCAUGAUAAGACCCAAAUGUAAAAAUACGAAAAAUCCCUUUUAAUACUUUGCGAUCUAACUUGGAUAAAAACGCGCUUAAAUAUAUUAGAAGAGGUAGAGUACGUUUUAUGUAAGCCCUGCCUGUUAUGCGAUUUAGGCAAAUUUAGCCAUGCGGAACUAGCCACUAAAAAAUGGUCGGUUGAAAGAAUAAUCCACUGUAAAGCUUCUGUAAGGUGGGUGUGGACGAUUUGAAGAAGACCGGAAAGCGGGAUGCAUUUGGUGUUUUUGAAAACAUCUAACUCUUUCUGUUUCUAAAGAUUAACACCUAACUUGGUUGUUUUCCACCUUGAAUUUAGCAGUAAUUUCUCUGCUCGUGUUAAAGUUCAUAGCUAAUAACCGGGCCCAACGACACAAACUCACACUCCCUCCAUAGAUCUAUGGGGCGGCGGCGGGGUGGGGCGCGGGGGGAGAGACAAGGGAGGUUUUCUUCUCCUCUCCUCCGCUCUAGAGUUUCAACAGAGAGCUUGCGUGCAGGCUACUUACUCUGUUUACUCUGUUUUCUGUUUUUUUUCAGGGAAGUUCUCUGUGUGGAGUUUCUUUAUUGUCGAAUAGUCACAGGCUCUGCAGACGGAAAGGUUGGACUUUCAAUUUUAUCAUUGGUUUUUCGUUUUUUGUUUGUUUUAACCCUGCACAGAGGCCCUUCAAACUUCCUCGUUAGAAAACGAGUAAUUUCAAGGGUUCACUUAUGCAUUGCAAGAUUUUUUUGUGAUUUUCUCCCUCCGCCGUUUUCAGCUGCGUAUCUGGAACCUCUUGAAUGGAGACUGUCUUCGGAUUAUCCGUGGAAACAGCAAAAAUGAUGCCGUCACCACAAACAGAGCGUCUGGUGACAGGUGAGUUAACAAAUGAUCAACUGCCUAUUUCUUAGUCGGUAAGGAAUAAAUUACACGGGUUUAUCUGAGAGUCUUAAGUCUUCGUUCACGGCACCGAACGAAUUUUCGACCUGUUGAAAAAUUGUGCGAUUUGGUGUUUCGUUCACUCGGAACCACCUUAGCCGCACGAAAAUUUCAGUCGACGCGUAAACAAAGCGAAAAUAUUGAACGGUGAACGGUCUAAUGCGAACGAAGUCCGGUCAAAUAUUUCAUCUAGUCAAAAAUUGGUCGCGUGCCUAUAACGUCACCAAAGGAAAGGUCAUUAAUCUGACCAAUCACAUCUGAAGCAGGAAAGAAAGUGAACGAAUCAGAAGCAAUUGUACGUAACCUGCGCACUGAAAGGGCGGGAAAAGCGUGCGAUGAAACUACAUUUGGUUUUGCUUUUGUUUGUGAUUGGCCCGAGAUUUUCAAAAUAUCACUUGUGACACGCCGUUGAAAAUUUCGUCAUAGAGUCAUUAUUAAUAUACCGGUUUACCACCAAAAGGGGAAUGUUGCCCAAUGCAAAAAAAACUGUCGAGGUUUUUCAGUUCCUUUAAUUUGUUUCUUUAAGGAUUUGCGAGUAGUAUUUGUUGUGGCUUCCAUAAACGAGAAAACGGCCACACCGAUGAUUGAAUAUUGCACGUUUCACAGAAGAUGAAAUGAAAACAAAAACGUGAUUCAUUAAUCACUUUUUACGAAAAAAACGUUUAAAAAAACAGAAUCAUGUCAUAGACACUUCAUAUUUCACUUCAAAGUCAAAAUCAAUUAAAUUUACAGUUAUGUUAUAAUUGAUCUCGUUAAUUUGGUUUUGCUUGUAUUUUUUUCCAGGAUGAUUGUCAACACACUGAGCAACCUUUUAAUUUUUAACUUCGAGGCAGUGCAGUGGGAUUUUAAUUUAGAUCCUGAACGGCCGGAAGGACUUGGAAAUCUCAAUAUCUAUUCAAAGACUCCUCCUCGAAGACUAGCACGCUCUCAUGUACGAGCGCACAAGCUCAUGCGCGCUGACACUAAAGACAGUUUACCUUCCAGACCUCCGUCACAGAUGAAAACGCCAACAUUUGACCUCAACAUUAAUUUACCGCAAAGGAUUUCAAGCGCACCUCCACGAAUAAAGCACCACGAAAGCACGUUAAACAGUAUGAAUGCACACGUACGUAGACUUUUAAACGCACACAAGGAGAAAGAACAAAAACCACGUCCUCAUUCCUCGCCGAUCGCUACUUCUCGUCAGUCUCGUGGGCUGACCGAGUAUGGCAUCACACCAUCGGAGGUUGGUGACGAUCUCACAGCGAGCAUGAUAAUUACAAAAGUUGCGCGUUCGCAUCUUAAGCCUCCAUCUAUCCCGGAUAAUAGGCGCUCUCGGGUUAUAACGCGAAGCCGCUCAGCUCCAGCGUAUCGCACGCAGGUCCUGCCCCCGGGCAAGCGUGGUUGGACAACGUCUGUGGCAGAGCCGCUAAAGGCACCGGAAAACAAAAUCAUGGUCUCUGCUGAGCAAGCGCGGGAAAAAAUAGCCAAAAUGCGACCGCAAAGUGCGCAAGUACAUCCGAGGAAAGAAUCUAUUUCGAUUAAUCCAGUUAAGAGCCUCGGUUGCUUGCAUUUAAGGACCUACACGAGUCAACUGCAGAUUGAACAGAGACUUACGCAGGAAAAUUUACGUGACAGAGCAGCUCGUGUGACAAAG